CAAGGGCAGUGCACUGUUUAGCUUAUGGGAGGGAGGAAAAAAACUGGCUUUGUACAGUAACUUUUAAGUCUAGAUUGCAUUUUCCUUUCACGAAUUAUUACUAUUUGUUAGUUUUGCCAGAAGUUUAAAGUGCCAUUGAUCUGGACCCUUAAAUAAAGACGUUUGGCAACAGGAAGAACACGUUUAGUCACAGUUGAACGACCCGCCGCUGCUUUGGGGAUCCGAACACAUGACAUAAAUAUAAGGUUCUAACAACUGUGGACCGCAGAACCGUUGCAGUGAGCUGCCUCCACUUCCUCUCAGAGAGCGAAAGAGAGGGUGAGAGAGAGAGGCCGAGAGAGUCUCUAAAGGGAGAGAGAGUGAGAGAGAGACUCUGAGGGACAUAGAGAGAGAGAGAGAGAGAGAGAGAGAGAGAGAGAGAGAGAGAGAGAGAGAGAGAGAGAGAGAGAGAGAGAGGGCAGGGAAGCACAUGAGUGUGUGUUUCCUGUGUCGGCUGCCUCGCACCCUGCUUGAUGUCUUCAUAUCUGGUGCACAGUGAAGCCGAACUCCACACAAGAGACACUCACUGCCCUCGGCUCUCGACGUUACAGUAGCUCCUGGAGGUUCUGGACCCCGGUCGACCCCGGCGGGUGUCUGGAUCUGAAGACUGAGAACCCUCUGGUCGUUUGAGGCCAGCUCGGCAGCGGUGGUAGAACCGUGACCCGACAUGCACCUGUCCUAGAGGUCACCUGUUCACCUGUGGGUGCUGCCCAGAGACCCAGCCAUGAUGGAACAGACGGGGCUCAUCUUUGACUUCGCCAGCGACCACAUCAGCGUCAUCUCACAUCUGGAAGGCUAUCCAGCGUCCCCUGCAGUAGUCGUCGAGCACAUCCCCGAGGACGCACACAUGUUCUCGUACUCUGGGCUGACGUGUGUGCAGAGCUACGCUCAAGAACAUGAGCACCUGUUGAAAGUGGAACCAUGUGAGAACGCAGAAGCCAUGGACACCAUGGGAACGCUCGUUUCCGGGGAUACAUUUCUCAAUCUGGAUUCCCCCGACACGUUCUCCCUGGAAAGACAUCACUUCUGCACAGCCCAGAUGUUUCUGCCAACCCCUGGGGAAGCCACUAGUCCUGUUGCCCAGACGACCCUGUCAGUGGACGGGCUUAAAGGAGCCUGUGAACAGACCCCUUGGUUCACUUAUAUCGGGGAUGCCGAAACCCAGCAACAAACCAAAAAAAAGGUGAGGAAACCUCGACGGAGGGCUGAAUCCCCAACGCCAGACAUCCUAGUGAAGAAGGGCAAAUACAACAAAGGGGGCAACACGCUGUACCUGUGGCAGUUCCUCAUGGAGCUCCUUCAGGACCGCCAGGUCUGCCCUCGCUACAUCAAAUGGACCGACCCCCGUGCGGGCAUCUUCAAGCUGGUCAACUCCAAGGCCGUGGCCCGUCUGUGGGGGAAACACAAGAACAAGCCCGACAUGAACUAUGAGACCAUGGGCCGGGCUCUCAGGUACUACUACCAAAGGGGCAUCUUGAACAAGGUGGAAGGCCAGCGGCUGGUCUACCAGUUCACCUCGCUGCCCAAGAACAUGGUCUACAUCACCGACGGCGACGUGGCCAAGAGCGAGGCGGAGAACGAGCCCGAGGACCACAGCGGCGGCGACGACGACGACCACGAGGAGGUCGGCGGCGACGACGACGAGGGCCUCAGCGACGACCCCGAGGACGCCGUCUCCUCCAGCAGCGACCAUUCGCUGGACGACGCAGACUCCCGCUCCGAGACGGGGAAGAUCUCUCCGUCUCCCGCCACGGCUGUCGCCAUUGCGACCGGCCAGCGGGCCCGGUCCGCUGCCACCGCCGCCAUCACGGCGACCACAACCACCGGCACCGUCGUCACCCCCGCCACCAACCGACCCGAGGGGGCCCAGCGGGGCACGGUGCUCCGCCCGCCCCCCAACAGCCUCAUCCAGCAGCAGCACCUGCCCAUCGUGUCGGCCGAGAUGCUGCGCACCCUGCAGAACCUCCAGAGGGUGCAGUCGCUGCAGCCCGCGGGCCACUCCUCCGUCUUCCAGACGGCCCAGCUGCUGGGGAACCUCUGUGAGCAGCAGGCGGCGGCAGAGGGACCGCCCACGGAGAGCUCCCCCCGUGGCCCGGAAGAGAGGAAGCCCUUCUUGGGACAGACCGCCAGUCACGUAAUGACCCUGCAGCUGUCGCCCCUCACCAGCUCCGACCAAUGAAACCUUCCCUCCCCCUUCCCAACGGCGAACUCGGGACCAAUCACAGAGAAGGAAGAGGAUGGUGUCCAAUCUGCCAAUCGGUCCCAUAUGUAGGAACAUCAAGCUAGGACCUUUUUGGUGUCUUCCCCUGUUUGGUAACUAGAAGUGGAGUGGGCCAUUGCUGUCAGUAUACUCUCUCCAAAGUAAUUAAUGUGUUCAGGAUUUACUCUCAUAACAAGGUGGGAACAUAGCCAAUUAUAUCAUUUUCUUAUGUACUUCAAAUGCAGGUCUGUUUAAUCCAGGGGACAAGGUGUUUAACCAUAAUUUAUCAGAAUAAGUCAUACUUUUCCACUUAUACCCAAUCUCCAACACAAUUCGAACACCAUGACUUAUUCACUUUGCAGUGGAAAAAAGUUCACUGACCGUACUUAAUUAGCAACUUUUGCUAAUUAAAAGAACCAUUUAAAGUCUCAUUAGGAUCCUAAAUGUAGCCCAUUAGCGAGGUAGGUCCUCUGCAGCGUACUUAGCUCGAUCAGCACUUUCUGUCUCCCGUAUGGGGGGAAAAAAACAAGCGCUCUGCGUUGACGGAAACCAAAGCUCUCACAGCGUUAUAGAUUGCCUGCAUCCUCCCAACGCAAAUGUCUUUUCUGUGCACAGGGUGUCCCUCAGCCACUGUAAUUCUGGCUCUCAAAAAACGGCAUUGUCUGUCCUUGCCUUAAUGACCAAAGACCCAUAAUGCACUGGAAACUGCUGUCACCGACUUACCUCCCCCACGCAAGCACGCUGGCGUGACGGAGCUAAGGUUUAGCUCAGUAACACUGUUUUGGAUUAUUUUCUUUUUCUCUCUCGCCUCUUGCUGCUUGUGGUCCCCCCGUGCUUUCUCGGUUAUCCCUUUCGUGCCUCUGCCUUUAAAUGCCUUUGCACGCCUUGCACUAUCCGUUACGGCGGCGGCCUGUCCGACACCAUGUCGCCUGUGGUCUAUAGACCCUCGUCCUCAGCCAAUAGGCUGAGGGUAUUUAUACAUUCCGUAUUGUCGUUGUAAUGAGUGUGUUUAAUUAUUUGGACCAUGAUAUACGUUGUUGACGAUAAGGGAUGAAUUUUGUUGUAAAAGGUAGUUUUUGAGACCUUCAAUUGCUGUUAAUACACAGUGCCGUAACUCUUGAUACAAUCGCCGUUGACAAUCCACUUAAGAAACUUGUUGGUUUUUCCCCAACUUGGGCUUUUCUUUUGACAAAUGUUGCUAGUAAUCACAAUCGCCCUGUCCAACACAUAAAUCCUAUGCAGUUGUAGAUCAUCGCUGGACCUGUAAAGCCUUUCUAUGUUUAUGUAAUGUAUGUGUUUGUAAACAUGUAUAAUAUAAAAUGCAGUGUUUUAGACUUUGUGCCUUUCUGCCAUUUCCUCCCUCAGGUUUAUAAGCGUUUUGUUUUUGAUGCGCGAAAUGUCGACUUUUGAACGCAGUUAGUUUAUGCAAGAUGUUUAUUAUUCAACCAUCGGUUUAUGAAUAAAUAUCAGUAAAGGUCCAGUAAGGUGAUUUGUUGUUUUCGUUACGAUAUGGGGACAUAUGAACAUUGCCUGAAAGGAAGUCCUAUGCAGCAAAGUUGUACUUUAUUUUUUUAAAUCAAGUGCUUGUUGACUGUCUUUCCUUUGCUUAUCUGAGGAUCUAUGUUUAUUGUAUGUUUCUGAAACUAUAGAGCCAAAAGAGCUACGUCUAUGUUAUUGCUUAUUUUGAUGUAUUUUCUGCCAAAAUGGCAAAAAGUUGAACUAAAGCUCAAUAUUACAUAAAAUAAAGUGUAUCUGGUUUGAAUGAAUUUG